UACUCACAAAAAAAACCAUUGAUUUUUGCAAUUUACGGGUAAGCUAUUCCGAAACGGAGGAAACCUGACGCCAACAGCACAAAUGCAGCAGCAGCAAAUAGGUUAUUCGGAAUUUGCGUGCACGUGUCUGUUGUGCUAUGGUCACCAUUGAACCUUACUCCGCACAGCGUCUACAUUCAGUUGCAGAGAGUCAAAUGAGUUCCUCCUCUCAUGUCUUCGUAAAAUCAUCAUCAUCAUCAUCAUCAUAAUGUUCCUAUUCGCGCCAAUUAAUUUCUUGCGCACAAGAACAACUAAUUUCCGGAACAUUAUUAUUCGAGAGCACAUCAAUCAAAAGCCACAAGCAAAAUUUCAAACAAAUCCGAAAAGCCGCCUCCUGAGAAGCUUUUUUGAUCUCCUCGUCCUUUCCCCCCCUUUCUCCCUGAUUCUCUGUCAACUCUCCUUUGCGCCACAAAUCUGGUUUUGUUUUGUUGUGAAGGAGCAGUUUCUUUGUCUUCUUCUUCUUCUUCUUCUUCCGCGCUCCAUUGCGCCGCUAGUGCGCAUGGACUCAACCUACGCCUCGCCCAGCUACCCGGACCUCUCUUCCCCGGCCAUGCCCACCACCGCCGGGGGAGUCUCCCGGCCUGUCAAGAUCAUUCCUCUCCAGCAUCCCACCGCCGGCGCCGCUUCGUCUUCCUCCUCCUCGAAUUCUCCAGCCUCUCCGGCUGCUUUCUUCUCCGGUCUCGCCGCCAAAUGGAAGCGCCUCACCUUCCUGCAAUUCGUCGAAGGCCUCUUCCCUUGUUACCGUUGGAUUCGAACCUACAGGUGGCGCGACGACUUCCAGGUCGAUCUCGUCGCCGGUCUCACCAUCGGCAUCAUGCUCGUCCCUCAGGCUAUGUCUUAUGCAAAAUUAGCAGGGCUUGAACCAAUCUAUGGACUGUACACUGGCUUCGUCCCCAUCUUUGUGUAUGCAAUAUUCGGAUCAUCGCGGCAACUGGCGAUUGGUCCAGUGGCCUUGGUUUCCCUCCUGGUGUCUAAUGUUCUCAGGGGAAUUGCUGGUUCUUCAGACGAGCUGUACACUGAACUCGCCAUAGUAUUGGCGCUUAUGGUUGGAAUGCUGGAGUGCAUUAUGGGUCUUCUGAGGCUUGGAUGGCUUUUACGAUUCAUCAGCCACUCUGUUAUUUCUGGCUUCACAACUGCUUCAGCUGUUGUGAUUGGACUAUCACAAGCAAAGUAUUUCUUGGGAUACAACAUCACUCAGAGUAGCAAGAUUGUGCCACUGAUUCAGAGCAUAAUAGCUGGUGCAGACCAGGCGAGGCCCUGUAUUACCACUCAUUACUUCGUUUCUUUAACAGCAGGCUUUGCUUUUGUAGUUCUCGUGGCCUCCUUUCGUGAUGGGAUCUGGCAUACUUGCUGUACUCCUUAUUAUGAAGCAUUUGGGAAAAUCGAGGAAGCAAUUCAGAUUUCUUCGAGCUGCAGGACCCCUGACCGGUGUUGUUUUGGGGACCACUUUAGCAACAAUAUUUCAUCCUUCAUCUAUUUCAUUGGUGAGUGUAACGUGUUCCUGAAGCAAAACUUGCAAAGAACUAUAGGAGAGAUACCUCAAGGUCUCCCAAGUUUCUCAGUUCCAAAGAAUUUUGGAUAUGCGAAGUCUCUAAUACCCACAGCAUUUCUCAUUACUGGGGUAGCAAUAUUGGAAUCUGUUGGGAUUGCCAAAGCCUUGGCUGCAAAGAAUGGAUAUGAGCUCGAUUCAAGUCAGGAGUUGGUUGGUCUUGGUUUAGCCAAUAUCUUUGGCUCUUUCUUCUCCUCCUAUCCCUCAACAGGUUCAUUUUCUAGGUCAGCUGUUAGCAAUGAGAGUGGUGCAAAAACUGGCUUAUCCGGAAUCAUUACUGGGAUAGUUAUGGGCUGUGCUCUUUUAUUCCUGACUCCAUUAUUUGAGUUCAUACCACAGUGUGCCCUGGCUGCAAUAGUCGUUUCUGCUGUGAUUGGCCUGAUCGAGUAUGAGGAGGCCAUCUUCCUAUGGCGUAUCGAUAAGAAGGAUUUUCUUCUUUGGAUCAUUACUUGCACCACCACUUUGUUCCUGGGUAUCGAGAUUGGUGUUCUCAUUGGGGUUGGUGUCUCACUUGCUUUUGUCAUCCAUGAGUCUGCAAAUCCACAUAUCGCUGUCCUGGGGCGGCUUCCUGGCACCACUGUGUAUAGAAACGUUCAACAAUACCCUGAGGCAUACACAUACCACGGAAUCGUGGUCGUUCGCAUUGAUGCCCCAAUAUAUUUUGCAAAUACAAGCUACAUAAAAGACAGAUUGCGAGACUAUGAAGUUAACGUCGACAAGUCGCUCCGACGUGGACCAGAAGUCGAAAGAAUCUACUUUGUGAUUCUAGAGAUGUCGCCUGUUACGUACAUCGACUCGAGCGCUGUCCAAGCUCUGAAGGACUUGCACCACGAGUACAAAUCACGAGAUAUCCAGAUAGCUAUUUCGAAUCCGAACCGAGGAGUUCUGCUGACGCUCUCAAAAGCUGGCGUCGUCGAGCUCAUUGGCAAGGAAUGGUGCUUCGUACGAGUGCAUGACGCGGUCCAGGUCUGUCUUCAGCAGGUUCAGAGCCUGCACCGAACUUCGUCGCCGGCCGAGUCGACGAAACCCAGUCUGUUCGAGAGGUUGUUGAAGCAGAGAGGGGAGGAUUUGUCGGUGGCCGAGUUAGAAUCUGGGCAGAGAAAACCAACUGGUUUGAGGAAUGGUGGCGACCCUAACUUGGAGGAGCCAUUGUUGUCGCAUAAGUUCACUCCUUGAAAAGGGUAUAUAUAUAAUUCGCAGAAGAGCCGUUGUCGAAGGCAUUUGGCAAUUAGGUGUAGGGAUGUAUUCUUUGUAAAGCAGGUGUUCAAUAUUUGCUAUAGCGUGUAAAUUCGAUGAGUCAAACAUAAACAUUUUGGGUUUUGCGAUUUGUUCUCUCCUUGUAUUGUUUCUCAGAGACGAGAUCAAUGAGCACUACUACAACUUGGUGGCGGUAGAUUCGUGCUUUGAACGCGUAUUAGCCACACUGCAUCAAGCAGUGAUUUUCUACACUUGUUUUUUAUGUUAUAUAUAAUCGCCUGCAU